CGACAGGUCUCUUCCUCAUUAUUCAAACAUACAUUCGAUCUCCUCCCAGACAGAUAGAAUAACACAAGGACACCCCUCCCAACAAUGGAAACUAAUUACUCCUUCGAUUCCUCGGACUCCUUGAUCUCAUACAUUCACUUCCCAUCAUCAUCAUCAUCUGCUGCAAUAGCAACCAACUCCAUCCCCAACGACCAGCCAUCCUUCUCGUCUCACCGCUCCCUCCACUCCGUCCGCAAGCCCGCCCACCCCAACAAGCCCUGGAACAACCACAACUACAAGAAGCCCAACGCCCCGCUCCCCCCGAUCCCGACCCGCGUCUACAAGGUCGACCGCAUGAACUUCCGCGAGCUCGUGCAGAUGCUCACUGGAGCUUCCACUGCCUCCUCCGUUCCUGCCGUCCCCGUCUCCCAAUCUCAGCCGCGUCGCCUGCACGAGGUGGCUCCCCCACCGCUCAACCUCGCCACCUCGGCGCCACAGGGCUCCCACCUUCUCCCCGAGAAGGCUGAAAGUGCCGCCACAAGCACGCCUUUAUCGGCGUUGUACAGGGAGCUGAUGUCAGAGACUCCAUCAGAUGCAAAGCCAAGCCAUCAUACGUUGUCCGACGGUUUUCACGGGACCUCCGGGGCAGUGUCGUUGGGAUUAGGGUUGUCUCCUUCCCCGCUCGGGUGGUGCUCACUCUUGAGCCCGGGGACCUUGUCUAGCUUUGAGCCUAGCACGGUCCUAUAGAUUAGCCAGUCGCGCUGCUGUAUCUAGUACAGGGCGAAUUAGACUAUCAUGGGCCAGGCCGCCAGGCUCAAAUUCCUUAAAACUGUCCAUUAAUUUUCCUCAGGAGUACAGCUUUCUCGAUCAUACGGUUUGAUAGAUUUUUUUGGCAAAUAUUUUUCGAAUUCAGAACGGUUUUAUUUGUUUAUUUAUUUUUCAAGUCAUCCACUAAGUACGUACCUCGGUGUUUCCUUAGCUAGGUAGAAAAUUCCUGGGUUCACAUGA